UGCUCAGCAUCAUCCAUACCAAAACCGACCGUUUGUUUCUCUUCAUUCCUCCUAAUCCCAUCGUCCUUACUUGUGAGCUCCGUUCCGUCAGCUCUUCGCAGCCCAUCUUCUCAAUCCUCAAUCCCUAUUCCUCGACUUUUCCGUUCGCUUCCUCUGUGGCCUUCCGAGUAAGGUCGCAAUCCCUUCACCAUGGUCCAGAUCAGUGAAGUGAAGGGCAAUUCGCGCGAGAACAGAACCGCAGCGCACACGCACAUCAAGGGCCUCGGUCUUCGGCCAGACGGAACCGCAGAGACCACCGGCGAUGGAUUUGUCGGGCAAGAUGCUGCCCGUGAGGCAUGCGGUGUUGUUGUUGAUCUGAUCAAGGCGAAGAAGAUGGCUGGCCGUGCCGUGCUGUUGGCCGGUGGUCCUGGUACGGGCAAGACAGCUCUCGCUCUUGCUGUAUCGCAGGAACUGGGAACCAAGGUCCCAUUCUGCCCCAUCGUCGGCAGUGAGAUCUACUCUGCCGAAGUGAAGAAGACGGAGGCGCUGAUGGAGAAUUUCCGGAGAGCAAUUGGUCUCCGUGUCCGCGAAACCAAGGAAGUGUACGAAGGCGAAGUGACGGAGCUCACGCCCGAGGAGGCCGAGAACCCAUUGGGGGGAUACGGACGGACGAUCAGCCAUUUGAUCAUCGGACUGAAGUCCGCCAAGGGCACGAAGAAGCUGCGCCUGGACCCCAGCAUCUACGAGGCCAUCCAGAAGGAGCGUGUCACGGUGGGAGACGUCAUCUACAUCGAAGCCAACACCGGCGCUUGCAAGCGUGUGGGACGCUCCGACGCAUAUGCGACCGAGUUCGAUCUGGAGGCGGAGGAGUACGUCCCGGUCCCCAAGGGCGAGGUUCACAAGAAGAAGGAAAUCGUCCAGGACGUGACGCUACACGAUCUCGAUAUGGCCAACGCCCGGCCGCAAGGCGGACAGGACGUGAUGAGCAUGAUGGGCCAGCUGAUGAAGCCCAAGAAGACCGAGAUCACGGACAAGUUGCGUCAGGAGAUCAACAAGGUCGUCAACCGCUACAUCGACCAAGGUGUUGCCGAGCUUGUCCCUGGUGUUCUUUUCAUCGACGAGGUCCACAUGCUCGACAUCGAAUGCUUCACGUAUCUCAACCGGGCCCUCGAAUCCACCAUCUCCCCGAUCGUCAUCCUCGCCUCCAACCGCGGCCACACCGUCAUCCGCGGCACGGACGAUAUCUCGGCCGCCCACGGCAUCCCCCCCGACCUCCUCGCCCGUCUCCUCAUCAUUCCCACUCACCCCUACACCCACGACGAGAUCAAGACCAUCAUUCGCCUGCGCGCGAAGACGGAAGGCAUCACCAUCACUGACCCGGCCUUGGACAAGGUUUCGGAGCACGGCAGCAAGGUCAGCUUGCGCUACGCCCUGCAAUUAUUGACCCCUGCCAGCAUCCUUGCCCGGGUCAACGGCCGGCCGGGUGGCAUCGAAGAGGCCGACGUGGCUGAGGUCGAAGAUCUCUUCAUCGAUACCAAGAGAAGUGCUUUGAUCGUCAGCCAGGACGACGACAAGUUCCUGAAAUAGAUAAUCCAAACCGAGUGGUGCCUUUGUGAUCGGAGUUUAAUGAACGUGAGCUUUUCUGGGUCUGGCCUAAUCCUUGUCUUUCUUCUUUUAUCAUGUACUUCGACCGACAGAUGGAGUGGAACGAUCCAUAUGAAAAUCUAAAAAUUCUAAGCUUAAUUGGCAACCUAACAUACCUGCCUGUCAU